GAGACAACGGAAGUGGCUCCUCAUCUCCUUAAAAAAAAAAAAUUAUAAAACUUUACUAGUCACGGACUUUUUUUUUUUUUUAGCUAAGUGAUGCCCCUGACUUUUUUGCUAAGUGAUGCUAUCUGGGUACAUCGAAUUAAGGUGGGCCGAAUUUAACACCCUGCUGGACCGGUUUUGGCCCGCGGACCAUAUGUUUGACUCCCCUGCCUUAGGACCGACAUGCGUUUGGUCUGGUUACCAGGAAAGCCAACAUCAUCGUGAAAAACGGACCCACAUCUGUGUGCGAUCCAGGUGGAUUUCAAUCCUUCUAAGGAUCAACACGGACCAAAAGUCAAGAGCUUCGGAAUCAAACGAAUCAAACGAACGACCGCAGUAGACAGCCAACAACAACCACCCCCUACUGGACACAUCCAGAACUUUUCUUUCUGACUAAUACCACAGAUACCGCCGAAGCAAAAACAUAAUGCCACCACCAGGCUUCAUAGCAGCUAAAACUGAGAUCGCAGCGCUGCUGAGGGACUCGCAUCAGAAACACUGCAACAGGAAGAACGCAGUCAAAGAUGGAGGUUUUUUUUUUUUUUUUUUUAUCUUCACAAUUGCAGUGAGGAACGAGCUGCAGGAAAAACCCUGAACCCGGCUUUCACGGUCCCACUGGGAGAAGAGGAGAGAAUGAGCCCGAAAAACAUCAGAGCCGGCGAUAUGAAAAGGUUUCCCGGUGACAUUGCUCACACUCUCAAAUGGCAGAAAUUACAGUCCUGCCUCGGCUCGAGCCGCUGAGAUCGGGGCAGUAAUGUGUUCCAGCCGCUCAAUCCCCCACCAAGGCCAUUCGCCUCUGGCAGAAUCAGGAGCCGCAGCGGCCGGUGAGGCAAGUUCAUCUGACCUCUUUUUCAGCUCUUCCUUUGAGGAUGUUCUCUUUUGGCUCCAGGAGGAGGAGAGGAAACAAAAAGGCAAAAAUAAUUGUGUCCCUUUCUGUUUUUUCUGUUUUUUUUUUUUAUUGUGAGCUGCUAACCUGAGCGAGGGGAGAGUUUGACCCUGUGGAGAGAAUUGACCACAUGCUGCUCCUGAUCAAUACUGUCUAAUGUCUGAUGAUCCUUCUGUGCUCUCCGACUGUGACAAACUUGUGACCGUGGCUCACUCAAAGUACUGAACCUGGCCGAGCCCGGCAGCUCGUUUUGGGUUACUGGGCAGCAGUGUUUCACAGAGCAGUCGGUACUGGGACUUUCCUUCCUUGUGAUGUUGUUAUCUUCUGCUACCUCUCUGACCGCCUCCUGAUGAGGUCAUCAUCUAAACCAGUGAUGGACGAUGUAACACAAACCCUGAAACCCAGACGGAUCCAGAACCAGAAUGUGGUUCAUCGUCUUGAGAGGCGUCGGAUCUGCUCAGGCCGACCCGGAGCUCACUGGUACAGAGUGCGCUGCUUCCACCAAAACCUAUUUCCCAAUUUCACUGUGGUCAACGUAGAGAAGCCGCCUUGCUUCCUUAGGAAAUUCUCCCCUGAUGGACGCUGCUUUAUCGCCUUCUCCUCUGACCAGACGUCUCUGGAGAUUUAUGAAUAUCAAGGCUGCCAAGCAGCUCAGGAUCUGCUCCGAGGUCAGGAGGGCGAGACUCUUCUAACAGCCAACGACCAGCGCUCACUCAACAUCCGCGGCCGGCUCUUUGAACGCUUCUUCUCUCUGCUCCAUGUCACCAACGUGGCGUCAAACGGAGAACAUCUCAACAGGGAGUGCAGCCUCUUCACAGAUGACUGCCGCUACGUCAUCGUUGGCUCGGCCGUCUACGUCCCCGAGGAGCCGCCGCCGUACUUCUUUGAGGUGUAUCGUAACAACGAGUCUGUGACUCCUAAUCCUCGCUCUCCUCUGGAGGACUACUCACUCCAUAUCAUCGACCUCCACACAGGCAGACUGUGUGACACCAGGUCCUUCAAGUGUGAUAAGAUUAUUCUGUCUCACAACCAGGGUCUCUACCUCUACAGGAACAUCCUGGCCGUGCUGUCGGUCCAGCAGCAGACCAUACAUGUGUUUCAGGUGACUGCAGAAGGAACGUUUCUGGACGUGAGGACUAUCGGGCGCUUCUGCUACGAGGACGACCUCCUGACUCUGUCAGCUGUUUACACAGAGGCUCAGGCUGAGAGCCAGCCGGGCUUCCCCCGCCUCUACACAGACAAAACCAUCAACUCCCUAAAGCACCGGCUGCUGGUCUACCUCUGGAGGAGAGCUGAGCAGGAUGGGAGCGCCACGGCCAAGAGGAGAUUCUUCCAGUUUUUUGAUCAGCUGAGGAGGCUGAGGAUGUGGAAGAUGCAGCUGCUGGACGAGCAUCACCUCUUCAUUAAAUACACCAGCGAAGAUGUGGUCACGCUCCGAGUCACCGACCCCUCGCAGCCGUCAUUCUUUGUCGUUUACAACAUGGUGUCCACGGAGGUGCUGGCCGUCUUUGAGAACACGUCUGACCAGCUGCUGGAGCUGUUUGAAAAUUUCUGCGACCUUUUUAGAAAUGCCACGCUGCACAGCCAGGCCGUCCAGUUCCCCUGCUCGGCUUCUUCCAACAAUUACGCACGGCAGGUCCAGAGAAGAUUUAAGGACACUAUAGUCAACGCCAAAUACGGCGGCCACACUGAGGCGGUGCGGCGGCUGCUCGGCCAGCUUCCCAUCAGCGCUCAGUCCUACAGCAGCAGCCCGUACCUCGACCUCUCGCUCUUCAGCUACGACGACAAGUGGGUGUCGGUGAUGGAGAGGCCCAAGACCUGUGGAGACCACCCCAUCAGGUUCUACGCCCGAGACUCUGGCCUCCUGAAGUUUAAAAUCCAGGCGGGAUUGCUGGGACGACCGGUCAACCACGCGGUCAGGCGUCUGGUUGCCUUCACCUUUCACCCCUUCGAACCCUUCGCCAUCUCGGUCCAGCGCACCAACGCCGAGUACGUGGUCAACUUCCACAUGAGACACGUGUCUGCGUGAAGAAGCUGGAUUUAUGUUUGACUGUGGUUGGACUUCUGGAAGCAGCGACUGGUGACAAUACGACGACAACAACAACACAUCCUCCAUCAGGAGGCACACAACAGUUUGCCCUUCCUUUUCUCCUCCUCCUCCUCCAGAGAAAUCAGCAGCCAUUCUCCUCCUAAUAGAAACCACUGUUUCCCUUCUCUCUCUUUUUUUCUUUUUUUUUUUCCUCCACCUUCUACCACACAGUGGUCACUCCACCUCCCCCCGCCUGCAGGAAGGCAGCAAUUCUGCCUCCACGGAACAAAGAGGGACCUGUAGAGAGGGGAAGCUGGAAUAAGUGUAAAUGGAGAUGUAGAGAGUGUGAUUGAUGUACGACGGAGGAGGGAGCGGUAGGUAGCCAGACUUCUAAGAAGAAACCAAAGGUGUUUUUUUUUUUCCCUCCUUCACUGUGCAUUCAGUUUCAAAGUGGUUACAUGACCAGCCGCUUAAGACUCACCCAUGUGGGAAAUAUUUAAUUAUUAUUUCAUAUAUAUUUCUUUUAGGUUCUUUUUUUUAUACAUAGCUCUAAACUAAGUUUAUAAAUGUUUUAUGUUAAUAAAAGGUUAUGAAUUAAGGUCUGUUUUGCCUAAGAGAGAAUCUGAUUA